AUUUUCUUCUGGAAUCGAUCAUUUAACCUAAACAUCGUCAUGGUCACGGGUUUUCUUGGAUGUUUCUCUAAGAAAAGGAGAAGUAUCGGAGAAUUGUUCCUCUCUCUGGGGAAACCCAGGUUCAUGGGUGCUUUGUGCUGCUCUCCUUGCAGAGAUGAGUUGGUGGAAGAACUGUCCUUUUCAGGCAAUUCUAUUCACAGACAAUGUGGCUGCGUUAUAUGCAUCUUCCACCAUCUGUUUUCGGGGUACAAUGCCAUGUUUUAUAGACUCGAAGGCCGCCAUUCUCCAUCACCCUUGCCCCGUAAUUCUCUUUCCGAACAUAGCUAUACGAGAGUUCAGCGUGAUGGACUGAUCUUUCGGCGUGAUAAAUCCAUGACUAAUCUCCGGGAAGCUUCACAACCAUUGAGGAGGAAUAAGAGCAGUUCGAGUAUAGAAUCUUCGGGCCAUGGAAAGAAAUGGAAUUCGGUUGAUCCCCGAGAAGAUGCAGCGGAAAGGACUUCUUCGGUUUUGAAUCUCUCGUCCGAGGAUGAAGAUUUUUGUCCCACUUGUCUCGAUGGAUAUACUCCCGAGAACCCUAAGAUCCUGACGAAGUGCUCGCAUCAUUUUCACCUCAGUUGUAUCUACGAAUGGCUAGACAGGAGCGACCUAUGCCCGAUAUGCGGCAAGGAAAUGGAGUUUAACGAGAACCCUUGAUCCCAUUUUCUCGUCAUCUUAAAGACUCGAGAACUUCAGUCUGGAGAAAGCAACAACUAUAACCUUCCUCGGUAUAUUUCCGAUGCAUGGAAAGGAGACCAGAGAACUGUAAGUUUCCUCUCUCUUAGGAUUUUGUAUAGAGAAGAAACGGAUCAAAACCCGAGAAUGUAAAAGAUCCGCAAUAAUCGGGAAUUAUAUGGAGAAAAAACUAUGUUUUGUGAUUCU